AUGGCUUCCAUCUCCAAAAACUUUAUGCUAAGCGACCUCGUUUCAACUGAUAAAAUCGACCAACUCCCUUCUCACUACAUCCGCCCCCUUUCCCAACGCCCAAAUCUCAAAGACGUUUCCCAUGAUUCCAUCCCUCUCAUUGAUCUCCACGAUCUUUACACUCCCAAUCGCUCGCAUGUCGUCCAGCAAAUCGGUAAAGCUUGCAGUGACUAUGGUUUCUUCCAGGUCAAGAACCAUGGCGUUCCAGAAUCCACCAUAGCCAACAUGAUGAACAUAGCUAGAGAAUUCUUCAAGUUGCCGGAAGAAGAAAGACUCAAAACUUACUCCGAUGACCCUACCAAGACCACAAGAUCAGGCACCAGCUUCAACACACGUACAGACAAGGUUGCAAACUGGAGAGAUUUCUUGCGAAUCCAUUGUUACCCACUCCAGGACUACAUCCACGAAUGGCCCACCAACCCGGCGUCCUUCCGUGACCAUGUGGCGGAGUAUUGCCGGAGUGCACGAUGGCUAGCUCUCCGAUUAAUUGAAGCCAUUUCCGAAAGCUUGGGACUUGAUGGAGACUACAUCAGCAGACAAUUAGGGAAGCACGCCCAGCAUAUGGCCUUCAAUUACUAUCCUCCAUGUCCACAACCAGACUUAACUUACGGUUUACCUGGACAUAAGGAUCUCAGUCUCAUCACCAUCCUUCUUCAAGAUGAGGUCCCUGGUCUUCAGGUGUUGCGAAAUGGUAACUGGGUUGCUGUUGAUCCUGUUCCCAACACGUUCAUCGUCAAUAUCGGCGAUCAAAUGCAGGUGCUGAGUAAUGAUAAGUACAAGAGUGUUCUUCAUCGAGCUGUGGUAAACUUUGAGAAAGAACGGCUAUCUAUACCCACGUUUUAUUGCCCAUCUCCUGAGGCAGUGAUAGGUCCUGCUUCAGAAUUGGUAAGUGAUGAUGAACCUGCUGUUUAUAGAAAGUUCACUUACAGGGAAUACUAUGAAAAGUUCUGGAGUAUAGAGCUUGCAAACGAGGACUGUUUGGAUACGUUCAGGGACUCCUCGUCUACUUGA